UCAGAUAGAUUAACCUCGCUGGUAUUUAUACAUAUAUGUGUGUACUAUGAUAAAGAUUUGAUGCAGUAACUUAAAAGUUUAAAAAUUAGGUUUUUAAAAUGGAGUCAUUUCGAAAAGCCGGAGUUACAAAUGAUGUAAUUAAUGAUGUACCUGGAACAUUGUUGUUAGUGUCCUGGGGGAUUAAAAACCUAUACCCCGGUGACAAGGUGUGGCCUCGAGACAUCAAGCAAGAACCAUCGAUCAAAUACGAUGCCGAUCCUGAAGAUAUCUACACCCUGAUGUUUGUUGAUCCAGAUGCUCCGUCAAGAGCCGAUCCACAGUUUGGCGAGGUUCUUCAUUGGCUUGUAGUUAACAUCCCCGGACACGAGGUGCAGAAGGGGGAAGUUAAAGCAGCCUACAUUGGGUCCGGGGCGCGGCAAGGGACAGGUUUGCACAGAUAUGUGUUUGUACUAUUCAAACAACCUGCUGGAAAAAUUGACUUCUCGGAUUUUGAAUAUAUUCCUAAUAACACAGCUAACGGACGGCGCAGCUUCAAAUCACGUGAUUUCGCAGCGAAGAAUUCCUUGAUCUUGAUUGGUGGAAAUUUUUUAGAGGCGGAAUAUGACGAUUCAGUACCGGAACUUCACAAACAGUUGGGAAUCGGACCGUUUGCGAGUAAAUAGACUUGACUUAUCACGUGCAAAAUAAACUGUUUAAUUAAAUGUAAAAGAGUGAUGUUAAUCAAUGAAGAUUUAAUUUAGAAAAUAAUUAUUUAGACGCACGAUCAGAGAAAAUAAAUGAUUACUUCCCGAUCGUGUAAUAUAUGGCGUUUCUUGUGCUAAUCCUAAAGCCAUGAACAUUUGCCCUUACACAUUUGUCAAAUUUGUUAUUGUUCUGUUUCGCUGUUAUUUUGUCUUUAAUGUAUUGGUUCUUGAAAUCAAAUCAUUUUUUUAGAAUCUGAUUUUAUUUUAUUAAAAAUGAUGACUUUA